GGGCCUCAGGAGCUGUGGCAGCACAAAGGAGACAGAGCCCAGCACGUCUAUACCAUGUCCUGGACUCCUGCCCUGUUGGUACUCCUCGCUCACUGCAUAGGCUGUGGCUCCCAGCCAGUGCUGAGCCAGCCGCCAUCUGUGUCUUCAUCUCUGGGAACCACAAUCCACCUGCCUUGCACCUUGAACGGAGACCAUGACGUCAGCGUUUACAGCAUCUACUGGUACCAGCAGAGGCCCGGUCACCCUCCCAGAUUCGUGCUGAGAUAUUUCUCCCACUCAGACAAUGACCAGGGCUCCAAGAUCCCCCCUCGCUUCUCUGGAUCCAAAGAUGUGGCCAAGAACACGGGGUAUUUGAACAUCGCAGAGCUGCAGCCUGAGGACGAGGGGAUGUAUUACUGUGCGGUGGGGUUCCAGGGCAUGGAAAAGGUGAGGGUGAUGAGGAGGGAAGAAAAGGAGCCUGCUGCUCCAGGGUCCCAGGCACCCCAAGACUCACAUACCGUGAUCGCUGCUCAGAACAGCAGCGCCAGCCCGAGCUCCCGAAUGCUGACGGCUCCCGCUCCCCUGGCGUCCUCGGUCCUCCAUGGCCUCUCCAGUCCCAGGGGAGAUGCUCCGCAGAACCAGUCGCCCUCUGAGAAGGAAGGGCAAAUGAAGCCAGGGACAGGUCAGGUGGUCUCUGAGGCCCCCUGGGGGCAGAGACCUGGCCCCAAGUCAUGCUGGCCCCUGCUGCUGCUGGGCUUGGCUGUGGGUGCCCAGGGCCGGCUGCCCCCCACGACAGCAGCCCCACCGAACAGCACCCCAGAGCCCAGAGCCCCAGCAGGAAGCAGCUCUCGGAGCCUGUGGGACAGGUUCCUAUUCUGGCCUGGGCCCCAUGGGGCAGGCCCCAGGUGCUGGCCCGGUGGGUUUUGGCCCGAAACUCAGUCACCCUGGUAUGUUUUCAGUGACGGAACCCAGCUCACCGUCCUAGGUCAGCCCAAGUCUACACCCUCGGUCAUGCUCUUCCUGACAUUCUCUGAGAUCACGGACAACAAGGCCACCCUGGUGUGCCUCAUCAGUGACUUCUACCCCAGCGGCGUGACGGUGGCCUGGAAGGCAGACGGCAGCCCCGUCACCCAGGGCGUGGAGACCACCAAGCCCUCCAAACAGAGCAACAACAAGUACGUGGCCAGCAGCUACCUGAGCCUGUCACCCGACAAGUGGAAAUCUCACAGCAGCUUCACCUGCCUGGUCACGCACGAGGGCAAAACCGUGGAGAAGAAGGUGGUCCCCUCACAGUGCUCUUAGGUCCCCGACACCCUCCCCGACC